UGGCUGGGCAUGGGAGCCCAUGGCAGAGCUGCCAGGUCUUGUCCUGCAGGGAGGAAGGCGAAGGAGCUCAUCAGCAGCGCUCGGGAGAGCCUGGCGAGGAUGGUGGGAGGCCGGCCAGAGGACAUCAUCUUUACCUCAGGGGGCACAGAGGCAAAUAACAUGGUGAUCCACGCCGCCCGCAGGCACUUCCACGAAAGCCAGGCCAGGCCGGGGGACAGCAGGGGGACACCACAUGUCGUGACGUCGAGUGUGGAGCACGACUCCAUCUGCCUGCCGCUGGAGCAGCUGGUGAAGGAGAGCCUGGUGGAAGCCACCUUUGUGCCUGUGUCCCCCCGAAGUGGGCAGGCUGAGGUGGACGAUGUCCUCGCUGCCAUCCGGCCGACCACCUGCUUGGUUUCCAUCAUGUUGGCCAAUAAUGAGACUGGGGUCAUCAUGCCUGUCCCGGAGCUGAGCCAGCGCAUCCAUGCCCUCAAUCAGCGGAGAAGGGCGGAGGGGCUGCCCAGGAUCCUGGUGCACACAGACGCGGCGCAGAUGAUUGGCAAGGGGCGUGUGGAUGUGCAGGAGCUGGGGGUGGACUACCUCACCAUCGUGGGACACAAGUUCUAUGGUCCGCGGAUUGGUGCGCUGUAUGUGCAUGGCCCUGGCACCACCACCCCAUUGCACCCCAUGCUCUUCGGAGGGGGACAGGAGAGGAGUUUCCGGCCAGGCACGGAGAACACCCCAAUGAUUGCUGGCCUUGGCCAGGCUGCAGAGUUAGUGAGCAAGAACUGGGAGGCCUACGAAGCUCAUAUGCGGGAUGUUCGGGAUUACCUGGAGGCCAGGCUGGAGGUGAGCAGACCUGCCUGCAGAAUAUGGGGCCUGGAGCCAGAGUGGAUAUGUAGCCACUUUACGGGCUCCAAGCGACUCUGCAACACCUCUAACUUCUCCAUCCUGGGCCCAGGCCUUCAAGGGCGAAGGGUGCUGUCUUGCUGCAAGAUGCUUCUUGCCAGUGUUGGGGCUGCCUGCCACUCUGAGAAAGGGGAUCGGCCCUCCUCGAUUCUGCUCAGCUGCGGGAUCCCCUAUGACGUGGCACAGAACGCGUUGCGGCUGAGUGUGGGGCGAGACACCACCCGUGCAGACGUGGACCUGGUUGUGCAGGACCUUGUGCAGGCUGUGGCGCAGCUGGACCGGGACCAAGCCUCACAGACCCCGUGAAUCACUCCCCAGCCAUCAUCCAGGUUCUCGGGAUCGGAUCAUGCCCUGCUCGGUCUCUGGGUGCUGGUUGCCUGUGUCAGUUUGGGCCUGGGUUUUGGCAGGAUUAGGUUUGUACCUGAUCCCCAAGUCAAACUGACCCAGCCUGCAGUUUGUGAUCAUGGAUCAGACAUUGGGGAAAUGGCAGCUGGUGGUGGCAGGAGAAGGAAGUGGGAAUCACCUGUUUUCAGCAGCAGCAGGCUCUUAGGCCUGCUUAGCUGUGUAUCAGCUUGCGCUCACAGGGAUCACAGCGUGGCUGCCACAGCUCUGCAGUACAUGCAGCUGGAGCAGAGAAGCUAGUGCAGGCACUGGAGGCAGCAGGGAGCUGUGCUGAGGAGGGGGCUUUGCUGCUUUGGGGCUGGGGCAGCUCAUCAACAGCUUGCUCAGGACUCUGUUGUCCCCAGUGCAUGGUGCAGGCAUUCCAAGAGUCUCGCUGUCAGCUGCUCCUUGCUUGCCAGCAUGUACCCAGCUGGUUGCGUGUGUGUUGGCGUGAUGGAGUCUCAAAGCUCGACUCCCUCCAGAGCGUAACAGGUGUGGAAGCCAUAGGAGGUGGAGCCUCUGGCCCUGGUGGCUUUCCACAAAGGAAGCUUUCCUGUUGUCUUAUCACUCAGAGGAGGAAAGACCAUCUGCUCCAGAGGGAAAUGAGGAGUUGAUAGAAGCACAGCAAAAUUCUGAGCUGGGAACUGCCCUGCCCCUGCCAGGACCCUAAGCUGCCAAAGGGUUUUUUGGCUGGGAAGGUGUGGGGCAUGGCUUUCCCAGCACUGCGUUGCGUUACCCACUCCCCUGCCUCCUGUCCUUCCUACAGCGGGAAGAGUUCCUGUUGCCGACUCCAUGUGCGCCUAAAGGAAACAGAGCCGUCGGGGCAGCCGUAACUGUGCCAGCACCUGAGGAAACAUGUCCUCCCUGCGUGGCCCAGGCGGUCACUCUCAUCACUGACACAGGACAACACAAGCGUCACACGGAUUAGGAGCGUCACUGGCUGACUGAUGUCGGGAAACCUGGUCUCCCUGGGUGUUCAUAGGAAUAAAAGCGAUUGCUGCUGCUGUGGCCUUUUUUCAAAGUAAAAUAUGUUUUCCGUCAGGGAAGCCGGACUGGUUGGGGUCAUCUGAGCAAUGUCUUUAUCCUCAGGAAAUGCUCGUGUCCCAGGACAGAGGCACAGUCCACUGGAGCGGGGAGAUGCCUGCUGGCUGGGCUUGGCAUGAAGCCCAUGGAUGCAGAUUCUUAGAUGCUGGUCCUUCUCUUUACUAGCCAUACAUUAGCACAGCCAGGAAUACUAUUUGGAAUGAUAAAUCCCUAGAUUUUGUAAAUCUAAUUUCUAACUGAAAUGUUAGGACCCAAGCACGCUGAC